UAAUGUGUCCCCUUGCUUAUUAAUUAUUAUGAAUUUGGAUAUGAUGAAAGAAAGAUUAUAAAUUCUGCAUGCAUGUUGAGCUUUUGUAGAUUGUCUUAUGCAUUAAAGGAGAUAGUAAAUAUAUGAAACUUGGGGCCAAAUUACCACGAGGGGUUUUGCUUGCGGGUCCUCCGGGAACAGGAAAAACAUUGUUGGCCUGUGCAGUGGCCGGAGAAGCUGGCGUGGCGUUUUUUUCGAUGUCUGCUAGUGAAUUUGUUGAGAUUUUUCCUAGUAACGGAGCUGCACGUGUUCGAGAUCUUUUCCAUGAUGCCAGAAAACAUUCACCGUCUAUUAUUUUCAUUGAUGAGAUAGACGCUGUUGGAGGGCAACGUGGAACAUCUUUUAAUAGUGAACGUGACCAAACUUUAAACCAGCUUUUAACAGAGAUGGAUGGGUUUGAGAAGGGUGCAACUGUGGUGGUUAUAGCUGCUACUAACAGACCCGAGCUGCUGGAUUCUGCUUUGAUGAGACCGGGUCGGUUUUCCAGGAAAGUGGUUGUGGAUAAACCGGAUGAAGAUGGAAGGAGAAAGAUUUUUGCUUUAUAUUUACAGAAGGUACCCAUGAUGGAGGACAAAAAAGUCAUAUGUGACCUUGUUGCUUCACGUACACCAGGGUUAGUUGGGGCUGAUCUUGAAAAUAUAGCUAAUGAGGCUGUAAUGCUUGCUGCUCGUAGAGGUUUGUGCUAAACUUAACAUUUACUUAAGUGUUUAGACAUAGCAAUGUCUUGAUUG